AUGGUUGGGCGGGCCGAAAUUCUGUGUAUUGCAAUGGUGUUAAAUAUAUUGGCUUGGAUGGCUACACAAUUCCGCCCCAGGAAUCAAUUUCACCGAUUCCGGAACUGGAUCAAACCCGAACUCCAUCCGAUUCCGGAACUGGAUCAAACCCGGACUCCAUCCGGUUCCGGAAUCGAUUCUGCCGCUUCCCAGGUAUUCUUUGCGCUUUCGGAAUCGCAGGACCUAUACCCA